AUGGGAAAAGAGACUGAGACGCGUUCUUCCGUAUUGAUUCCGCGCGUGAUCCUGUUGACCAUCAUUGGGUCGGGCAUCUUCUGUCCGUCCUGGUGGGUGCGGUUCAUGUCCAAUUUCUACCACUUCCUCUACCAUUGGCCCUUUUUCAAUCUAUCCAUCUUCGAAACAAUCGAGACGCUGCUAUGCUAUAUCACCAUUGAGCCCAUCUAUACCGCGCGAUUCGCGCGCAACUCGGGACGUCGGAUCGACAUUCGUGGUAAACACAUUCGUGGUAAACAUACUACGAAGCUAAGCAACAAUCAUCGCCCUCCGCUGCCGAAAAUGAAGCGACCCAAGCACCGAGUGCGCGAGCUCAUGAUCUACGCAGCUCCCUUACUACUGCUCGACUUGACUCUCGUGAAGAAGUACGCCGGAGUGAAUGUCGACACCAUCCGGCACAGUGCCGGAUACAUGCCCUACCAGCUGCCCACAGGACGCAUUAGUCCCAGCUUUCUUGCGCCAACCUUACAUAACUUCUCCUGGCGGUCGCCGUUGCAACUCGUGCGAGCGCUUCCCCGCGAGCCGCCAACAAGCCGCCGAGUCCUGCUCGAACUGGCGGUGUCCCUCUUCCUCUACGAUACCCUAUUCUUUUUCAUCCACAUUGCCUUUCAUCGGAUCCCUUCGCUCCACCGCAUCCACGGCCCUCACCACGGCCACCACGAGAUCCAUCCGCAGGUGACGAAUCGUUUGUCGGUCGCCGAGCGAGUUGCGUUGAUCUUAUUGGCGAAUUUCUCCUUGAAUAUCAUCGGAAGUCACGUCUUGACUCGCACUUUGUUCGUGCCGCUGUUUAUCUAUCUACUAAUCGAAGUCCACUCAGGCGUGGAACUCGACUGGCAGUACGAUAAAAUCCUUCCCCGAGGCUGGGGUGCCGGGACCGUCAAGCAUGCUGCGCACCACCGUGAGGGCCGGCGAUAUUUCCAGCCAUUCUUUUGCUGGUGGGAUAACUGGUUAGAGGCGUUUGAGGGGCUCAGGGCCGGUUAG